UGGACAGAAUGGAGGAUCGAUGUGUCAAAUAACCACCCAUGUGCCGCAAUUGUCCGGUUGCACGUGUUGCAGAGAGCAAUGGAGGUGUUGCAAACUGACAAAUACUACAUCUUCAACAGGGGUCAGGAUUCCCUCUGGUGUGACAGGAGGACGGGCCAUUUCCAAGCCAAAACAUGUUGGGAUCUUGCAAGUGCCGAAAAUCCAACAUGUCUCGGCAUAAUCCACCUUCUCCUCGGCAAGCUACAAAUCCAUCCGGAUUUAUCGCCACGACUGGUGCUAGUGUCAGGGGUUCGAGAAGUUGGUAGCUUGGCUGAGGGUCAACGUGUGUGGUGCAUUACACGUGUUGUUUUCCUGCCGCUGAAUACGCCUCCUGAUGCUGACUUCAGUAUACUUCCUUGCAAAAAACAUGCCAACCAUCCAUCCAGUGUCAGCGGAGAGAAAAAGCUUGGGUUACCAUUUGGAGACUUGCAACAGAAGGUGGCUCUUUCAAAGACAUUUGGGACGAUUCGGAGUGUCACAUCGACAAUAAAAAGUGCAACUGUUAACGCGGCAGCAACAGCAACUGGACAGAGCAAAGUGCGGCGUGAUGGAAGGGACAGAGACCGAUAUGAACGCAGAGUUUUAGACGAGUUAAGCAAGAUGUUCAAUGACUCUGACUCCUUCUAUUUCUCGUCAGAGGCAGAUUUAACGAGUUCAUUGCAACGACAGAGUUUAUCUUCCUAUGACAAGAGUUUGCCACUCUGGCGCAGAGCUAAUGAUAAUUUUUUUUGGAACAGGCAUCUGCUUAUAGAUCUGAUUAGUCAAGAGGGAUCAAAUUUUGACGUCUGGAUUGUUCCGGUAAUACAGGGUUUUGUGCAAAUAGAGGCAGUACCUCUAGAUGCCCCAAUAUCUUCACCAGAUGAUUCAGUAGAUAAGAAUCGCGAUCACUAUACCUUAACCUUAAUAUCGCGGAGAAGUCGUUACCGUGCGGGUACCAGGUAUAAGAGGCGAGGCGUGGACGAAGAAGGUUACGUAGCCAAUUAUGUGGAGACGGAGCAGAUUGUGUCCUACUCCCAUCACCGAGUGGCGUUUGUUCAGGUUCGAGGAUCUGUGCCUGUCUAUUGGAGUCAGCCGGGUUAUAAAUACCGCCCACCUCCAAGAUUGGAUCGAGACACUGCUGAAACAAGCUUAGCAUUUAAGAAGCAUUUUGAGAGAGAAGUAUCCCACUAUGACCAUGUCUCAUGCAUUAGUCUAGUGGAGCAGACAGGGAAAGAGAAAGUCAUUGCGGAUGCCUACCUGAAUCACAUCUUCAUGCUCGACUCAUCUGACCUCACCUUUGUCACCUUUGACUUCCAUGAAUACUGCCGUGGAAUGCGUUAUGAGAAUGUGUCUGUCCUGAUUGAAGGCAUAGAAGAAUGUAUUUCAAAAAUGCUUUACUGCUGGGUAGACAAGGAAGGCACAAUCUGCCGUCAGAGUGGUGUCUUUAGGGUUAACUGCAUUGAUUGCCUUGAUCGAACAAAUGUUGUUCAGACUGCCAUUGCCAAAUCCGUUUUAGAGGGCCAGUUUGUCAAGCUGGGCAUGAUCCCCCCAGAGCACCCACUGCCACCUGCUUGCCGUUCCACGCUCCAGAUUAUGUGGGCCAACAAUGGUGACACUAUUAGUAAACAGUAUGCAGGAACUUCGGCUCUGAAGGGAGACUUUACUCGCACUGGAGAACGUCGAUUUGCUGGCAUGAUGAAGGACGGAAUGAACUCGGCAAAUAGAUACUAUAGGAAUCACUUCCUUGACGCUUACCGUCAAGUAGCCAUUGAUGUAAUGCUGGGCUUGGAACUCUCUGAGGAUCAGUGGCAAGAAAUCAAUUAUGUCGAGACUUUGCUCAAUGUUGCAAGUGCCUUAAUGCCAAUUGGUCCACCCUCUUACAUGGCUGAAAUCGCCCCGGGCAACGAGAAAUACCUAGCAAGUGCCCUCUAUUCUUUGUCCAGAUAUUACAUGAACAGGUUUAAGGAUGCCUAUCGUCAAGCCACGAUUGACCACUUACUAGGAAACCCAAUCAGGGAGGAUAUGAUCACAUUCAACCCCGAGCUUGCUGGCGAGGAAGAGGAGUCCUCCAUGACUCCUGAGCAUGUCAAGCAUGUCAUUGAUGACUGUAAAAAGUUGCUAGUGCCGGAUGCGGAAACGAUCCUGGGAGCUUGGGGACUCAUUGAUGCUGACCCAUCCACUGGAGAUCCGGACCAAACUGACAUGGACAUCAUUCUGGUGUUGACAAGAGACUCGUAUUAUGUUGCUCAGUAUGAUGAGGAAACGGACCAGAUCCUGCGUUACGAGCGCGUGUCGUUGAUAGACUUGGAGAAGAUAGAGAUGGGACCAUACACAUGCCAAGGCAUGUUCAAACAGUCGCGACCCCAUCAAUGUGUCCGUUUCAACUACCUGGUGGAUGGUCAGAGUGGCUACUUGCACACUUUUCGCUCCAUGAACAUCCGUUUCUUCAACAACAUGGCCAUCACUAUCAAAUCUGAAGAGGAAAUGAUUGAAUCUGUCAAAGCCAUUGGGGAAACGUUUGAGGUGGCUGUGCAAAUGAUUGGCUGUGAGGUUCAGCUGGUCACCGGAAAGAUGGAGAAGAAGAGGAGUCGAGGUCGCAACCAGCUGGCCAAUCUCCUUAAUCCAAUUGCAUCGCUCACUAAAACGUCUCCAGACACUCUCAAGACAGCAGGAACACGUGCAUUUAGCAACAUGACGUCAGGCUUGGCAAAGCUAAACCCGAUGGCCAGUUUACGAAUGAAGAGGGCCAGUCACCCCACAGUUCAUCCAGUUGCGUCAACAUUUUACUUCCAGAAACCAACAGUAUCUGUACAGAAUGGAAGUGAUGUGAUGAUACAAAUGGGUGGAAAUGAAACUUACCUGGCAUCUUGUGGUGUUUUGGCCUCUAGCUUGAUGGCCCCACCUUCCCCACCGCCACGGUAUCCUUCACCUCCUAUUGCUAGGUGCCACAGUGACUCUGCCAUCUUGCACGGCAGCGUCUUAGGGAGAAACAGCAUCCCUGGCGUUUCAGCCAACCGCUCGCCAACCCCUGAGAUUUUGGUGAGUGGGACUGGCGAUAAGAAUAACACACCUGCCAUCACGCCCACUUUGGGAGGCCUCUCACCAUCCUUGUUGAUGCAGAGGGUUAGGAAAAUCUCUCAUUCUUCGGAUGAAGUGGACGUACGAGAUGAGAGGGAUGCAGGAGUCUUAAGAGCAUCCUCUGCCACAAACCUGCAGUUGCAUCUUCCCUCGAGCCAUUCAGAGGGCCACAUUGGGGGAACAUCCACGCAGUCAACAGCCCUAAAUGCAGGGGACCACUCAAACCCUCUCUCACCGCUGUCUGCUCUCAACAAAGAAGCUGUGUUGGCUCCUUUCUCUGUGCUGGCAAGAGGUGUCCAGAGCUUAGCACCAGGAGCAGGACGUCUCGCAAGAGGAAUGCAGAGCAUUGGGGCUAACUUUGAUCCCCGGCGCUUGCGAGCCCAGCGCCAAAGGCAGCUUGAAGAUGAUCCAGUACUGACAGAAAAGAAACAGAACUGUAAAACACGGAUAAUUCAGCUUUAAAAUGACUGCCUUCUGUAGCAUGGCAUGUGUUUUUAAAUUUUAGGUAGCUACCUUUCCCAUUUGAAUAAAUUUAUUAUUGACAACAGGUCAUCCCUGGAGAAAACUGGUAAUCAAAAUUAGACUAAAGUUAGAUUGGCAUUAAGUCAGUUUGUGUUAAAUUGUAACCGAUUCGUCCAAUUCGAAUUUUUAGAUAAUUUAUACGAUGCUGUUUGUGCAGCUGAUUGGUUACUGUAGUUCCUUGAUAAGAUGGUUCAAUUUACUACAAUUUGUUCUCAGUGACCUUUGUUAAUAAAUGAUUUGAUGAUCAGCAUUUGAACAUUCCAUGAGGAAUAUAUAAUUUGAUCUCACUGAUUAAUAUUGUUUUGCGCACAGUAUUAGUACAUAAGCACUUCCAAUGUUGAGGUUUUAUGUGGAGGUCUUCCAGUUGUUUUUAUUAUUAUUUAUUUAUCUAAUUUAUUUUUAAAUGUGUAAACAUUGUUAAAAUGUC